AUGGGGGCCACAUGUGAAGAGCCUUCCCAGCAGAAGGGGGCGGGGCUUCAGGCUCCUCUCGCUCUUAUGCAGUUCCACACACAGAGAGCCGUGUCAGCGCGCCCAUGGCACUCUGACUUCUCCGACUGGUUUCUCAGAAGCUGUAGUCCCGUCACCAUGAGCUGGGGGGCGCUGUACGCGCAGCUGGGUGGGGUGAACAAACACUCCACGAGUCUGGGGAAGAUCUGGCUGUCGGUGCUGUUCAUCUUCCGCAUCACAAUCCUGGUGCUGGCGGCGGAGAGUGUGUGGGGAGACGAGCAGUCGGACUUCACCUGCAACACGCAGCAGCCGGGCUGCAAGAACGUCUGCUAUGACCACUUCUUCCCUGUGUCACACAUCCGCCUCUGGUGCCUGCAGCUGAUCUUCGUGUCCACGCCGGCGCUGCUGGUGGCCAUGCAUGUGGCCUACAGGAAGCGCGGCGACAAGAGGAGCAUGAUGGCCUCCAACGGGACGGAGAAGAUGUCUGACUCCGAGCUGGCGACGCUGAAGAAGAGGAGGCUGCCCAUCACUGGCCCCCUGUGGUGGACCUACACCUGCAGCCUGUUCUUCAGGCUCAUCUUCGAGGGCGGCUUCAUGUACGCGCUCUACUUCGUCUACGACGGCUUCCAGAUGCCACGCCUGGUCAAGUGCGAGCAGUGGCCCUGUCCCAACAAAGUGGACUGUUUCAUCUCCCGCCCCACGGAGAAGACGGUCUUCACCAUCUUCAUGGUCUCCUCCUCAGCCAUCUGCAUGGUCCUGAACGUGGCCGAGCUCUGCUACCUGAUCAGCAAGGCUCUGCUGCGCUGCUCUUCACGGGACACCAGGAGGAGCAACCACCUGGCCCGGGACACCACCCUGCUCCAGAACCAGAAGAACGAGAUGCUGCUGUCCUCUGUGGACACCAGCAAGACCAUGUGCUGA